UUUCUCAGUUAGCUAGUGGUGAACUGAUCUGUUAAGUAGCUGUAAGUUUGACUUCGAGAACAUUAAAUGUCUCCUACUCCUUCUCUUACUCUCUGAAAAAAUCUUCCCAAUCGUGAGGGGAAUCCAAGAGUUCUAGAUCUAAAUCUCUUAGAUCUGACUUCAUGGGUUACUCUCAUCUUCUUCUACUCUCUCUCUUACUCGCAGUUUCUUCAAGUUUUGUCUCUUCUUCCACAUACGUAGAAGAACAAAAGAGAGACAGGAUCACUCAGUUACCUGGACAGCCUAGUAACGUCGAUUUCAGACAGUACUCAGGUUACGUCACCGUGAACGAACAACGUGGAAGAGCUUUGUUCUACUGGCUGGUCGAGUCCCCAACGACCCGUGACCCGAAGUCUCGACCUUUGGUCCUGUGGCUCAAUGGAGGUCCAGGUUGUUCCUCUGUUGCUUAUGGUGCUACUGAAGAAGUUGGUCCUUUUCGUGUUGGGUCUGAUGGGAAAACUCUAUAUAACAAACUCUAUGCUUGGAACAAAUUGGCGAACUUGCUCUUCUUGGAGUCUCCAGCUGGAGUUGGUUUCUCAUAUACAAACUCAACUUCAGAUCUUUACACAACCGGUGAUCAGAGAACUGCUGAAGAUUCCUAUAGAUUUCUUGUCAACUGGUUUGAGAGGUUUCCACAAUACAAACACAGAGACUUUUACAUUGUUGGAGAAAGCUAUGCAGGUCAUUUUGUUCCUCAGCUGUCCAAACUUGUCCAUGAAAGAAACAAAGGCUUCAAGAACCCUUCUAUAAACCUCAAAGGUUUUAUGGUGGGAAAUGCUGUUACAGAUGACUAUCAUGAUUACAUAGGAACAUUUGAGUAUUGGUGGAAUCAUGGUCUCAUCUCUGAUUCCACUUAUCACCAGCUAAAGACAGCCUGCUACUCAGUAUCCUCCCAGCAUCCUUCUUUACAGUGUAUGGAAGCUUUGAGAAGUGCUGAACUAGAGCAAGGCAAUAUCGAUCCGUACAGCAUUUUUACAAAACCUUGCAAUAAUACUGUACAACUCAAGAGCUUCUUGAAGGGUCGCUAUCCAUGGAUGUCAAGAGCUUAUGAUCCUUGCACAGAGAGGUAUUCUAAUGUUUACUUUAACCGGGUCGAAGUUCAGAAGGCUCUACAUGCUAAUGUCACUCGCUUAUCUUACCCUUGGAAGUCAUGCAGUGAUAUUGUAGGAAACUAUUGGACAGAUUCUCCUGUUUCUAUGCUACCAAUAUACAGAGAAUUGAUUGCUGCAGGUCUCAAAAUAUGGGUCUUCAGUGGAGAUACAGAUGCGGUGGUUCCUAUAACUGCAACUAGAUACUCUAUAGAUGCACUGAAGCUGGCAACCAUCACAAACUGGUACCCUUGGUAUGAUCACGGCAAGGUUGGUGGAUGGAGUCAAGUGUACAAAGGACUUACAUUAGUGACAGUGACAGGAGCUGGUCAUGAAGUGCCUCUACAUCGUCCUCGUCAAGCCUUUAUAAUUUUCAGAUCAUUCUUAGAGAACAAACCUAUGCCAAUGUCUUGAAAACAUACCUUGGGUGGAAUCUCUUCCCCAAAUACCUAUUCUUUCUUAUUCAUCUUCUUCAUGAAUAAAUCCAAUGUUUCUUCAUUCAUUGUCUUCCUCAGUCCUUAAAUUUACGCAAACGAUUGUUUAGCUGUUCAGCACAAAUCAUAAGCUACUCUUAUUCUC